CAUGAAGUCAUUCCCGUACCUCAUAAAUAGCAUUGACCUGCCACAAUUUCGGUUCAUCUCCAUUGAUCUGCACUUUUACAGAAGUACAAAUACAGCACGCAAUCUAGUAGAUACAUCCAUCUCGUGGUGGACAUUCCCACACACCAUCUCAACAGAUCGACAUAACCCACCCUCACACUCACAUCUCCAAUCUCCAAUCUCCAACAUGCAAUCAGCACUCUCACGACCCAUUCUCCGACCAUCCAAUCUAACUAUUCUCCGAUCAUUCUCCGUCGCUCCAGCUAUCAUGGGUGAAGGCGAUCUAGGUGCUCCUAAGCCGCGAGGCUUUAUGGCCCAAAAGGAUUCAUUUGCGCGACGUGAGGCUGCGCAUGAACUUAUGUAUAUUCGGGAGCAGGAGAUGGAGAAGGUUAAGCGUCUUCGGCAGAAGCUUAAGGAACAGCGUCAGCAUAUGGAUGAACUCGAUAAACACCUUGAGGAGUUUGCUAAGAGCCAGGGCGGCGAACAGAACUAACUUGCUCGUCCAACUUCCGAGACACUCAGUCGAUGAUCAUAUGCUUCUACCACAGAUACACUCGCAGGGCGAACGCCAGAACUAUAUAUAUCGAGGUG